UUUUUAAUAAAUCUUCGUCAUUCCUCAAUAUGACUUUGCCGUUUUAUUAUUUCGCUCUAGUCGUAAUAAGUGUUUUCAACACGUACGUGUGCGAUGAAGAAAAGUACACGACAAAGUAUGACAAUAUUAAUUUCGAGGAAAUUAUCGCCAGUGACAGAUUACUGAAGAAUUACGUUAAUUGCCUUAUGGGUAGGGGCAGCUGUACUCCGGACGCGAACGAGCUAAAAAGAGUUUUACCAGAAGCCCUGGAAACCGAUUGCAAAAAAUGCAGCGAGGCCCAAAAGACCGGCAUUGGAAAAGUGGUCAAGUAUUUAAUCAGAAACAGGAGACCGUGGUGGGACGAACUGGAGGCCAAAUAUGAUCCCAAUCAAGUUUACUGGGACAAAUACAAGGCCGAUUGGGAAGCAGAAGGAAUUACUUUACAUUAAUGCAAACUUCACGAUAUUGUCUUAAAACUUAUAUUUGUUGGUUUAAACAAACGAUUAAAAAGUAUCAAGAAAGCA